CUGCAGACAAACUCCCCUGAUAAAAACUGACACAUUUCACAGCACUCAACCACACCCCAGCAUUUAGUGAUAAUAGCGCUGAUCCACGACGAACUUAAGUAUAUGAGUAGCCUGGCUUUUACCGUGUCGGGUCCGGCCAUUUUGAAACCGGUGUCAAUGUUUCAGCCGGCUAUGACCCUGGGCCUGGGCCUGCCGACGCUCAACUUCACCCCCGAACAGGUUGCCAGCGUCUGCGAGACCUUGGAGGAGAGCGGGGACAUCGAGCGGCUCGGCCGGUUCCUGUGGUCGCUGCCCGUCGCGCCGGGUGCCGCCGAUGCCCUGAACAAGAACGAAGCGGUGCUACGGGCUCGGGCCGUCGUCGCCUUCCACACGGGCAACUUCAGGGACUUGUACCACAUUUUGGAGAACCAUCGCUUCACCAAGGAAUCUCAUGCCAAACUCCAAGCCAUGUGGCUGGAGGCGCACUACCAGGAAGCCGAGAAACUGAGAGGAAGACCGCUCGGGCCCGUAGACAAGUACCGAGUCCGGAAGAAGUUUCCCCUACCCCGAACCAUCUGGGACGGAGAGCAAAAGACUCACUGUUUUAAGGAACGCACCAGAAGCUUGUUACGAGAAUGGUAUCUACAAGACCCUUACCCAAACCCGCAAAAGAAGAGAGAACUAGCACAGGCCACGGGCCUGACCCCAACGCAAGUCGGGAACUGGUUCAAAAAUCGCCGGCAGAGGGACCGGGCGGCCGCCGCCAAGAACAGGUACGGGCUUCAACAACAAGGGGCUUCAGCGCAAGGCUCGUCUAGUAGCUUCUCUGCGGACAGCGAUUGUAGCACGGCCGGGUCGCCACCACCGCCGGCAAUGCCGCCCACCCCGCCCCGCACAGAGGGCCACCCCGCACCGCCACACUCACCCCCCACCUCAACAUGCAGUACGCCCAACAUCUCUCCAACUACCAACAUUGUAGAGACGUAAAAAGAACAGAGCAAAGCUAUCUUAGCAUGUACAGAACCGUUUUCUUCUUCCCUAAGCUUCUAUAAGAAGUGCUCCUCCUUACGCCAUUGUUCAAAGUGAGCAGGGGCAAAUCCUCGCCUCCUUUGUAGCAUGUACAGAUAGGAUUAAGAAUCAAUGAAAUUCUAUUAACUGUAAAUUGUAGGAUUAAUAUAGGGUAGGAUGAAUAUUAGGAGCGGAUUGAGGUGGAGAUCAGUCUAACUGAAAGUGGCUGAGUGUAAAUAUAUACUACACAUGCCGUAUAAAAAAAGCUUCAAAACUUCGGCCAGUUUGUAGUCAUGAAAAUAUGAUAAUCUUUGUCUUGAUCUCUCUGUAGUCUACUAUAUACGGAACAUAGAAUAUGAAGUAAUGCAGAAAAAAUAUCUAUAUAUGAGUCAAUACAGAUACUUCUCUGGAGCUAUAAAUAUAUAUGUAUAUACAUAUAAAAAAGGUGUUGUUUGCGCCAACAUAAAAUGUGUGUUUUCAUGAACCGCUUUUGACACGUUCAUGCGCCAGUGAGUUUUACGAAGUGUCUGGUAGAAGGGAUAUAGUUUCCGAUUUAUUGGAAGCUCUACCCGCUUUUACUUGUGAAUUAUAUUCCUUUUCACGUUUCAUAACAGUUAUAUCAGUCCUUUCCUAGGAUAUAGAGUUUGGUAAACAUAUGUGCCCUUUGUACGUAUACCUAUAUAUGUAUGUAUGUAUGUAUAGAUAUAUAUGAAGGGGCGUUUUUCUCUCCCCGCCUUCUUGUCUGCAUGUGAAGAAAGGAAUUGAUUUUUAAGAAGAAAAGAGAAAAAAUCUGAAGUGAAAAGAA